AUGGGAGGGAUAGCAGUGGACGAGUUUUGCUUCCCCGGUUCCUUCGACUUUCUGCAACUCCCACCGUCCGUCGACGUGGAGAGCUUCCCGUUCUCUCCUCCCCUCGCCCCGCCGCCCGCUGCGGUGGCGCCACUGGCCGCCCCCGCCGCCGGCGAGACCUUCCCGGAGGACGAAGAUAGCGAGGACGACAUCGACGUCGACGAGCUGGAGAGGAGAAUGUGGAGGGACAGGCUGAAGCUGAAGCGGCUCCGGGAACAGCAGAUCGGCACCAAGCCGGCCGACCACGGCGGCGCCGCCAAGCUCCGGCAGUCGCAGGAACAGGCGAGGAGGAAGAAGAUGUCCCGCGCCCAAGACGGCAUCCUAAAGUACAUGCUGAAGAUGAUGGAGGUCUGCAAGGCCCAGGGCUUCGUCUACGGCAUCAUCCCCGAGAAGGGCAAGCCCGUCGGCGGCGCCUCCGACAACCUUCGCGCUUGGUGGAAGGAAAAAGUCCGCUUCGACCGCAACGGCCCCGCCGCCAUCGCCAAGUACCAGGCCGAGAACUGCCUCCUCCCCUCUCGACCCAUCUCCGCCGCCGCAGCCGGCGGCGGUGCCGGUCCCCGGUCGCUGCAUGAGCUUCAAGACACCACUCUGGGAUCCCUCCUCUCCGCUCUCAUGCAGCACUGUGACCCCCCACAGAGGAAGUUCCCCCUGGAGAGGGGAAUCCCGCCGCCGUGGUGGCCCACCGGCGGCGAGGAGUGGUGGCCCCAGACGGGGGCCCAGGGGGCGCCGCCGUACAAGAAGCCUCACGAUCUCAAGAAGGCGUGGAAAGUCGGCGUCUUGACGGCGGUGAUCAAGCACAUGUCGCCGGACGUUGAAAAGAUUAGGAAGCUGGUGAGGCAGUCCAAGUGCCUCCAGGACAAGAUGACUGCCAAGGAGAGUCAGAUCUGGUCGGCGGUAGUCAACCAGGAGGAGUCCUCCCUUCCUUCCUGCUUUCAGGUCAACGCCGAAGCCUGCGGCGACCCCGCGAGCUUCUCCUUCGGCAGCAGUUGCACCGGCGAGUACGACGUCGACGGGUUGGACGACUUGGCGGAGGUGGUGGCGCCGCCGAAGAAGGAGGCUGCUGCUUCAGUGGCCUCCUUCUCCUCCUCCUUCUCCUCCUCCUCCUCCUUGGAGUUCAUCCGGAAGAGGCCACCGUCGCCGGAGACGGAGUUGAUGAUGAUGAUGGACCAGUAUCGUUCCCACCUCCGGCAAGGCUCCGGCGAGAAGAAACCCAAGACCGGCGACCAUCACUACGAUCGUCGGAGCGAGAACAGCUUCUGCUUCCAGCCCCCGGCGGCGGAGGAGAAGCCGCCGCCGGCGACGGCGAACAUCUCCGGCCUGGGGAUUCCGGCAGAUGGGCAAAAGUCCAUCAGCGAUCUCCUGUCCUUCUACGACAGCGCCAUCAACCGGGCCAACGACGGCCAUGGCUUCCUCGGACAAGCUCUGUUUUCAGGCCCCACCCCCGCCGCCGCCGGCGCCUACGACGCUCAGAACACCCGCGGCGGCACGUUACCGCCGCCUACGCCGCCGCCGCCGUUCUUCAGGGACGAGGUAGGCGGCGGGUUUCAACAAGGAUUCAGCGUCCAGAGGCCCAAUCCGGUCAACGAGGACUUCAUCAGAUUUAGCUCUUUCGGCUUCUCCGGACUGGACUCCGGAGACGGGCUCUCUAGGGUUUCAGGGAACCCCAUGGGGAAGAUGGAAGGAUCAAACUGGCCCUUCUGA